ACUUUGACCAAUCAGCAGCCGCGGUGUUCAGGACUACAAAGUUUCCAAGAUGGUGCUGGAAAGUACAAUGGUCUGUGUGGACAACAGUGAAUAUAUGAGGAAUGGAGAUUUUCUACCCACCCGUCUGCAGGCACAGCAAGAUGCCGUCAAUAUCGUUUGUCACUCAAAGACGCGCAGCAACCCUGAAAACAAUGUGGGGCUCAUCACAAUGGCAAAUAACUGUGAGGUCCUGACCACUCUAACGCCAGACACCGGCCGUAUACUCUCCAAACUCCAUGCUGUUCAGCCCCUUGGCAAGAUCAGCUUCUGUACUGGCAUUAGAGUAGCUCACCUGGCACUGAAGCACAGACAGGGAAAGAACCACAAGAUGAGAAUCAUCGCUUUUGUGGGAAGCCCAAUAGAGGACAAUGAGAAAGAUUUGGUGAAACUGGCUAAACGGUUGAAGAAAGAAAAGGUCAAUGUGGAUGUAAUCAGUUUUGGAGAGGAGGAAAUGAACACGGAGAAGCUCACUGCAUUUGUAAACACUCUGAACGGAAAGGAGGGCACAGGCUCUCAUCUGGUCACCGUGCCCCCUGGCCCCAGUUUGGCAGAUGCUCUUCUCUCCUCACCCAUCCUGGCAGGAGAAGGUGGCACAAUGAUGGGUCUUGGGGCCAGCGACUUUGAGUUUGGGGUGGACCCCAGCGCCGAUCCUGAACUUGCUCUGGCCCUGCGUGUAUCCAUGGAGGAGCAGAGGCAGCGGCAGGAGGAGGAGGCUCGCAGAGCUGCAGCCCAAUCAGCAGCUGAGGCAGGAAUUCCCACCCCCUCAGCUGAUGAAUCAGAAGAAGCUUUACUGAAGAUGUCAGUCUCUCAGCCAGAGUCGGGUGUGACCUCACUACCGGACUUCAGCAGCAUGACUGAGGAGGAGCAGAUCGCUUAUGCCAUGCAGAUGUCUCUGGCUGGUGAAGAAUUUGGGGAAUCAAUGGACACGGCAGCACCGAUGGACACAGCUGAGUCAGCAAAGGAAGAGGACGACUACGAUGUAAUGCAAGAUCCAGAGUUUCUCCAAAGUGUACUGGAGAACCUGCCCGGUGUGGACCCCAACAACGAGGCCAUCCGUAACGCCAUGGGCUCCUUAGCUUCUCAGAGCGGAACCAAGCCUGAUGGCAAAAAAGAUGAGGAAAAGAAGAAAUGAUUGACCUAGACUAUGGUAAAACCAAAAUGUUAGACAUGUUAUUUGAUGAGAAUAAAAUCCUUGCAAAAUUAACAAAAAAAAUGCUGUGAGAAAGCCCCAUAAAUAUACAAGGUUCUGUAAUCACGUGUAAGAAUGAGUGAAUGAGUGAAUGAAUGGGGACAUUAAAACAUUUUGAAACA